CCGCCAAUGAGCGCGGGGCGUGCAGAGCGCAGCUCCGCCUCCCCCCACCCCGCGCCCAGCCCGGGCUGCUCCUGCCGGGGCUGGAGCGGGGAGCAGCGGCCGGGCGAGGAGCCAAGUCGCCGGCAGGAGCUCGGCGGCGCUGAGCGCGUCCAUGGAGCGGGCCAGGGCGCAGGAGACCCGCGCGACGCCAGGGAGCAUGCGCAGGAGCCCCACGUGCAGCUGAACCAUUUCAUUUAUGUUCUGCCGUACUUCGAGACAAAGCCCCAGCAGUCUGCUUGGAAUCUGGUAAUAGCAGCCCUCCAGCACGGGCCAGUGAACGCGCCAGGAGGUUGUCAGGAUGACUAACAGAAAACUUCCCACUGCCCCACGACAGGAAAUCACAUACUGCUUUCUGUUACCUCCAAUAUACCAUGGAUGUGUUUGCAACUCCUGGGCACAGCGAGAUCUUUGCUAUGACUGCAGCACCACCGGUUUCCACCCUUAGCCAGAACACCUCCGUAGAAGACACUCCUGGGGUCUCCUCUCUCCUCUACAUGCCAUCAGCCCAGGAGCAUCAUGGGGAGCGUCAGUAGCCUCAUCUCCGGCCACAGCUUCCACAGCAAGCACUGCCGGGCCUCCCAGUACAAGCUCCGCAAGUCGUCCCACCUGAAGAAGUUGAACAGGUAUUCAGAUGGGCUGCUGAGGUUCGGCUUCUCCCAGGACUCCAGCCACAACAAGUCGAGCUCCAAAGGCAACAAGAACGAGGACUUCUUUUACAUCAAGGUCAGCCAGAAAGCCCAUGGCUCCCACCGGACGGAUUACACAUCACUUUCCAGCGGGGACCUGGGCAGCCAGGCAGGGGCCACUGGCAUGGACUUUGGCACACCCACUCCCCAGAAACUGAUGCCAUUUUCCAAUCAGCUGGAACUGGGCACAGAGAAGGGCGUUAUAAGGCCAACUGCCUUCAAGCCAGUGAUCCCCCGCUCAGGCGCGAUCCUCCACUCCUCUCCGGAAAAUGGCAGCCAUAUCUCCCAGCAGCUGCACCCUCCGGACAAAACGAAGGAUCAAGAACUCAAGCCCAUGUUGUGCUCUGGAGGUUUGUCGGACUCCGGCAGGAACUCUAUGUCCAGCCUCCCAACCCACAGCACCACCAGCAGCUACCAGCUGGAUCCCCUGGUCACCCCUAUGGGGCCCAUCAGCCGCUUCGGGGGCUCAGCCCACAACAUCACCCAGUGCACCAUCAUACAAGACAGCAACAUGAUGAGCCUCAAGGCGCUGUCCUUCUCCGACAGCGGCAACAAGAUCCUCAACCCUGGAAAAGCUGCCCACCACCACGAGAAAGCCUCCUGCAUCCGGUCUCCCAUCUCCACAGAUGAGUCCACCAUCCAGGAGCUGGAGCAGAAACUGCUGGAGAGGGAAGGGGAACUGCAGGAACUGCAGUGCAGCUUCGAGGAGAAGGAGAUCACCUCCUGCCAGGCCUAUGAGGAAAAGCAGAGGCGCUGCAAGGAAGAGCUGGAGGGGCUGAAGCAGAAGGGCAACAGCAAGCUCAAGCAAACCUCUCAGAAGAUGCAGCGGACGCAGCAGGUGCUGCACCUCCAAGUGUUCCAGUUGCAAAAGGAGAAGAAGCAGCUUCGUGAGGAGCUGGAGAACCUCAUGAAGGAGCAAGACCUGCUGCAGACCAAGCUGAGGUCCUACGAGAAAGAGAAAACCAGCUUUGCCCCAGCGCUGGAAGAAACUCAGUGGGAGGUGUGUCAGAAGUCUGGCGAAAUCUCCCUCCUGAAGCAGCAGUUGAAGGACUCCCAGAUGGAGCUCAAUGCCAAGACAAGCGAGAUCCUCAGCUUGAAGGCCCAGCUGAAGGACAUGAGGGGGAAGAUGGAGGGAUUGGAGAUGAAAACCCAGGACAUGGAAGAUUCCCUUCGCACCAAGGCUGUGGAGCUGGAGGUGUGUGAGAAUGAGCUCCAGCGCAAGAGGAAUGAGUCGGAGCUGUUGAGGGAGAAGGUGAACCUGCUGGAGCAGGAGAUCAUGGAGCUCCGGACGGAGCUGACCAUCCUCAAGGAGCAGCGAAGCGAUGGGAGGGAUGGGACGGCCUCCGCCAGCCCGGCUGUGGGGAUGAUGGACGAUGUCCAAGCCCUGCAGGGGGAAGUGGAGAGGCUGAAAGCGGAGCUGAAGGAGGAGAGGGACAAGAACGAGCAGAUGACUUCCGGCUUCCAGCAGGAGCGACAGAUCUGGAAGGAGGAGAAGGAGAAGGUGAUCCACUACCAGAAGCAGCUGCAGCAGAGCUACCUGCACAUGUACAAAAGGAACCAGAACAUGGAGAAGAUGCUCCAGCAACUGGCUGCAGGGGGAGACGGCAAAGAGCCCAUCGACCUGGAUAUCCAUGGCACCGACGUCCCCUACGAGGACAUCAUAGCCACGGAGAUCUAACCAGACCUGCUCUCUCUCUCCCCGCACCUCACAGCGGCGGGGAGGAGCGUCUCUUUCAGGCAAGGACUGAGCGGCACAGCCCCAUGGGUCAGUUAACGCCGGACAGCCCAUGUACAGUUCGGAUGAGCCGUGUAUGUGUUAGCCAGGCUGGUUGCCCAGCCAGCUCAAGAGCCCCUAGGGUGGCACCAUGAUGGUACCCCAAGCUGCCUGUCAUGUUGUGGAGGUGAAAGAAAACAACUCCUGCUAAUGGUGACGUGCCGGCAUCUGCCCUUCGUGUCUGAUGUCUCCUCAGCAGGAUGCUGGUCGCCCACUUGUAGGACUGAGAAACGGGGAGGGGAGGGUUGGGGAUUGGAACAGGAGUUUAGCAGAUGAUUCUGCAAUCAGGGAAUAAAGUGACACGCUGGCCAAACUCUCCCAGGGGUGCAGAAGGGGCCACUGGGUCACAGUGACUAAGGACAUCAGCCCCCUCCAGUGUGUAACACACACAUUGGUCCGGCCCCUGGAAGAGGGUGGCCAGGGACACACUCCUCCUCCUGAGCGCCACGGGAAAUAAUGCCUCAUUGCAACCACUGAGCCCGGGCCCAAGGGCUAAGGAAUACACUGAGCCAAUCAAAAAAAAAAAAAAAAAUCUAUUUAUCUUCCUCCUGGGGAUUCUGGUUUCUAGGAUUUGCAGGCUUUUAUCCCUCUGCAGCUUGAGUCCAGUGGAACCCGUCCAGGCUCCAGUCCCUACAGGCAAAGGUGGUAUUUUUGCCAUGCCAGAGAUUUGGAUUAGCAUCUCCAAUCUGCUUCUUCGCUCCUUAGCUUAACCUGACCUCAAGAAUGACCACCCCAACCAGCUAGUUCAGGACCAAGGACCAAAGGGAGCCCCAUCCAUUUCUCCUUGGCAAGCAGGAUGAUGGUGGGUAUGUUGGGGGAAGGGAUGGAAAUUUAAAAGAUCCCUCCCUGUCUCUGAGAGAGAAGAGGAUGAGGAUCGAUCUUGUGCCCUCAGGCAAAAAAGAAACCAGUAGAAGACCACUCUCAAGGGAGCAUUAGCUGACAGUGCUUAUCAGUACAGCUUCGUGCCACCCCAAACUGCUUCAUGCCAACGAGGCCCAUGACUUCAGCAAGCCCGACUGUCUUGCUUCCAGAGCUGGUCAGAAAAUGCUGCAAGAGUCUUCGCAAAAAGAGGUUGAACAUUUCAUAAUAAUUUUGAGCCGGUAGGUUUCCAAAAGGAACAGUUUUCCACCUAUUCUAAAGCUUUUGCAAAAUGUUCUUAUUGCAAAAUGUUCAGUUUUGAAAAUUCCAAGUUUAGAAAAUUUUCAGCUUUUCAGUUUUAGAACCCAGCCCCUGCCUUCUCCCUCCUUCUGUCAUUAAAAGGAGAAGGGGAGAAAAAGGAAAAAUAAACUGAAAACACCAAAUCCCCAAAUGUUUAGUUUACAGGUUUCAUUAAAAAAAAAAACAAAACCCACACGCUAUUUUUUUUUUUACAAAAUGAUAUUUUUUUUGCAAAGAUUUCCAUUUUAGGAAUAAAAGCCACUUUCCACCUAAAGUAUUUUUUGUUUAACAAAUUUUGACCAGUCCAGCUCAGCUCCUUGCUGCUUUUUGUGUCUGGUUGCCUGAGAAGGAUGGGGUAGUCUGUGCUUUGGGGAAUUAGACUUCCCACCUUAUACUGGGUGCAUAAAAUUCAAAGCCAUGUAGCCAAAAGCACUCCUUGAAAAUCCUGCCCUGUGUUCUUCCUGUUGACUCUCUCAUCUCAGAGCUGGGAGCUACCAAAAUAUCAGUCCAUCUCAUUUUUUCCAUCAUUUUGGUCAUUUUUAUUUGUGUUUAUAUUGUUCCCCCCUCCCAUUCCAUGAUCAAAGUUCAGGCUAGUAAAGGGAGAUGCUGCAGGAAAGAAGCUUGGCCCUCAACAGCUCCUAAAUAUACUCUUUACAGUUCAGAUCCCCAUAUUUUAAUAUGCCAGUCAGGCACAGGUGGGGGUCAAGGCCAGGUUGGCUACUGUCAAGAUCCACCAGGUGGCAGCUGCUGGAGUUUGGCCAUCACCUGUUUUAGAUUCACUGGCACAAGGAUCCAUUGUUCCUAAAAACAACUUUCUAAACCACUACCAAAUAUUUACAACUUUCUUUGAUUUCUUGGAUUUUAGUGCUCAUGUGGAAAAGAGAGAAAAUCCCCACACGUAGCUGAGCCAAUGCACCUCGAUCCUGACCUCCGUCUCGUUCUAGCCGUAAGGGAACCCACACAAAGGGGGGACUGCAGGUCUUGACCCAGAAUAACCCCUGAUAUUGCAGUGCUGAACAGUCCCACCCUUCACUGCCAGUGUGUCAUAUCCCUGAGCCGGAAGAGCCUUUGCUACUGUGGUCCCCUCUUUGCCCUGCAGGUGCACCUCCAGCCUGACCUGCAUCACUCCAUUUUUCCAGUCCUGGAUGAAUUGCACCAAGUCUCACCUAGGUAGGGAGCGGGGUGGCUGUGUGAACCAAUGCUAGUGAAGGACUUAAACUGAGCCCUGGGAAACUCCUCUCACGUGUGACCUGAGGAAGAUUUGGAGCUCAAGGAGUUAAUUCUCCAUUGUCCUGUGCCGUGUGCACUCACUGGUGCUAGAACAAGUGAGUGUGAAAAGCUGCCCUACCCGAAUGGUAGUUCUUUACACCAGCAUAAAUAACUGCAAAAGACACAAGGCAAUGGGGGAUCAGGCCCCAGGUUUCCAAUGGGAAAAGGCUACUCCAUUAUCAUCCUCCCUUCUUCUCCACAUGCCAGCCAGGAAGCCGGGUUUUAGGAUAUACCCUCCAGAGUCAAAACAUGCAUAAAUUACCAUUUCCAACCACACUCAUCUCUGGAGAAUCCCCUCUGAAGCCAGUGUUGCUACCCCAGGGAGAAACCUGGCUCAAUAGUUAUCAUAUGUCAAGCUAGGAGGCAGCUUCCCUGCUCUCUCUCUGAUUCCCUCACAUGUUUCCGCCUAUUGAAUGCUGACUGCCUUAUUAUUCCCCUCCAUGCCAUUAAGUCAGUGGGUUCCAGGCCCAGUGGGUGACAGGAGCUUGUAAGAGAAAAGGAUUUCAUUUUGUUUUCUAGUCCAAGUCUUAAAUCUUCCCCCAGCCUUUAAUGGAGGAUUACAAAACUCCAGCAUGUAAACCAGCCCUCCUGAACUCAGAAGCUGCCAAACGCUGCUGUGAGCAAACUGGGCUUCAUUGUCCUCACAUUGGUGCCCGUUUGAUCCUGUUGUGAGGGCAGGUUCUGCAGGGGCCAGAAAGCACAAAACAGAAUUCUCAGCCACAAGCCUCUGAACGCCUUUUUCAAGGCAUUGGGAGUUUUAGUGCCCAGGAAAGCUGGCUCGGCAGAAGCCGGAAGCUUCUAUCCAUGGAGCAGGUACGGGAUGGACAGCAGCAGGUCAGGAGUCCGUGACAUGCUGCGUUCCCACCAUGCUUUGCUUGUGGCUUCGAAGGAACCCCUGCUCCUCUAGGAAUGCAAGGAGAGUUCAGUCUCCAUUGCCCGCUGGUUUCUCUCCUAGCCAAGCCUGCCACUCAGGAGACCGAUUUGUGCCAAUUGCAGCGGGUUUUGUAGUGGAGCGGGGACAUUGGUCCCCAAAGGAACUGGGCCGAGAUCCACCAAACUCCCUUCACGUGGGCUGGUGCACAGCCUCCAGCAUUCAGCCACGACCCUCUGGGCAUGAAUUCAAACUGAUGAGGUAGAGGCCGUCACCCCUGAGCUAUCCAAUUCCUAAGCCAAAGCUGGAGAGGUGAAUGGACUUUGCAUCCUAUUGCCAGUGCCCCAGCCUACCAGCUUCUAAACUCUGAAACCGAUCUGUGCCUUGUGUGUUUCCCCAACCAAAGCAAAACCAGGUGUCGUUCUGGAAGCUAUUUACAUUUGGCUCAAACGUGACAGGUGGGCAGCACACACUAGUCUUUUCCUCUGAUGGGUUAGAGAAAAGGCUUUGGCCACCACCACCAUCCCAUCUACUGUGCAGUCCCCCAAAAUCAGAACCCAACAAUCAAGGGUAGGAAAGGCCCCAGCCCAUCCACCAUGCACUGAUUCUCCGUGGGCCUGCAUUUUGCAUAGUCAUUUCCACCAAUGCAAAGCCACUGGGCUGGAUUUGUAUCCUGCAAGCCAGCCCGAGUAAGGGACAGUGCUCACCUGCAAUGCCCCAGGAUCUGGGCAGAAAUUAGAUGCUGAAUCUGAGAGUCACAGCCUCAUCCCUGCUUCUCCGUCUGUAUUGGCUCCGAUAUUCAGGCCUGUGCAACAGCCUUGGCUGCACCCCCGUACCAGAGGGAGAGCUGCUGUUCUCCCCCAUACAUACAUGGCUGGAACUUGUGUAACAAUUGCAGGGGAGGAAGGGGUCUCUCCCCCACCCCCACUUUACUCCCGGAACACACGACUGAGCCCAUUCUGGUUUGGCUCAGACUUUGCACUGUUGUGCAAAUAACUACACCAGGUUCAGGGGAAAAGAGAAUCACGUCCCCUAGUGCUAAAUUUCCACAAACUUCAGGGAGGCUUGGAUACUUU